AUGCGUGCUGUUGCUUUCGUUGCUCUCGGAGCUCUAUUGCUCAUCUCCUUACCAGUCGACAGUGAAGCUAAAGAACUCAAGAAGCCAUUAUGCGACAUGUGCGUAACUGUUAUUGGAACUGUAAAGAAAGCUAUCGAUGAUGGUGAAGAUGUACCAGCGGCUGUUGAAAAGUUCUGCAACGAAGAAGUACCAGAAGUGCUGUCAGGAAUGUGCGUUAAGUUAGUAGCCAAGAAUUUGAAAUUCAUCAUUGAAAAGUUGAAAAUCCAUGAAACUCCUGAGGAUAUAUGUAGUUCUCUCUCAUUGUGUCGUAUCAGACUCUAA